AUGACCAUCCUUACCAGCUCGGCUGUUCCGCUGCGAUCGCGAUCAGGCUCUUCAUCUCAAGACUCGGGUCCAUCCUCGCUCACCUUACGUGACUCUUCCGUGGCCAAGUCACGAAAGCUUAUCUCGUCGUCUUCUUCAACCCCGCCAACUCCCACCAUCGCCGCCUCUUCGAUCCCAACCUGGCUCGUCCUCGAUGCAGAUGAACGUGCGCUCCCCUUUCUACGCACACUCUAUACCACACCGUCAGACCCGAAUCAGCUACCAACCGGAUCAUCGUCUCCUACACCUACAAGCUCGGAAAAACUCAGAGAAUCCACCAACAUUGCCUCGUCAAGGAUAGUCUCGGCGAGCUCAAAUGUGCGCUCGCAGGCGAGCAAGUACGAGAAUGGGCUGGCUUCAUCUGCUGCUGCAGCCGAGGAGAACGCAAGGGACAAGGACAGGAGAAUGUCGUUACAGAAUCAAGGUGGCAACACCGCAAGCAUCGGCAAAAGAGGCUUCAUGUCUCGUUUGAGAGCAGCUGGUGGUAGUGUAUCUGGCGCACAUGCUUUCCACCCUCCAAGUUCUGCAACUGCUCUGUCGACAUCGGGAAGCUGGUCAAUGGUCGAUCCGCCAACGCCAAUGAAAGAGCAGUCAAGUGCAACCAACUCAUCGCGCAUAGUUCACCUAGCAUUCACCACACUAGCCACUCAGGCAGCUCCUUCGAGGGCUGGCGGACUGGUCGGCAGAGCGUCGCCUUCGCUUCUGCUGACUACGACACCGGGAUCGACAGAUCCAACCGAGACGCUUCACUCAACACGGCUCGACGUAGCUGGUCUGUCGCACUUGAUCUCCUCCACAAAACCAGAUGCAGUAUACGUUGGAUCGGCGCGGUCUACAUCCGGAAACGAAGCGUUGAGGCCGUAUGUAGAGUCUCUCCUAUCUCCCAGCAGCACCUCUCUCAAGCUCAUCUUGUUCGAACCAGCCGCAGCACGCCAACUGACGCCAUCCGAUGCUUCUGCGCUGCACAACCUGGCACGCACACGGUCCAUCUCGCUGCUGCUUCCCAUUCGAUGGGCAUCACUGUGGACCGCAAGCAUUGACGAAACACUGCUCGGGCUUGAGAUCUUGCACGAUCUGCACGAGGAAGACGACGCGGAUCUAGCAUCACGGGCCGCUGCGGCGACGGACGGCGAUGCCCGUGUCGAUAGCGACACGAGCGUAGACAAGAGCUUUGACGUGAGCAUGUCGAAUAUUCCCACGGGCUUGUCUGGUGAUGGGCUGAGCAAAGUUGCUGAGGUCGAGGCGCUCAAGACGCAGAUGGAGCAGCUCAGGAGCGAAUUGGAGAGGCGAGAUGCGAGAAUCGGAGAGCUUACAAAACAAGCCGAGGAGCAGGUCCAACAGCAGCAGCAGAGGGCUGGUUUGGAAGAGGUGGAAAGGUUGGUUGGCGCUCAUACUAGCGCGGCAGUGGAACCUAAGACGCCCUCACGUUUGCCUGUCGUGGUCUCGAGCGAGGCUGUGACGCCUGCUGCACAGAUGCAGUCUGAACUCAAGCCGAGUAGCGACACGGAUCAAGCUGCUGUGCCGGCACGUGCCAGCCCUGCUGCGGACUCUGCAGCGUCAGCAUUGCUACCGAUGCCAAGCACAUCGGAGCAGCUUGCAGCAGCCGCCGCUUCGCCGAGUGACAGCCCGACGAAUGCCGCGACGGGCAUGCUUGCACCGGCUGCACGCAUCACGCCGGGCAAACCCGGGCCGUCUCGUCCGCUCGCGUCGGCUGAGCUGGGGUCCAUGUCGCCGAACUCUGCGCGCUCCUCCGGUAAGGUGAUCAGCGCGCUCACAGCUGAACUUGCAGAGACAAAGCUGCUACUCGACGCGACGCGACAGGCGCUAACCACGGUCAAGACGCAGUGUGCGUCGUACCAGGCAGCGGCGGACGAGAUGCGGUCGACGCUGUCGCGCGCUCGUCUGGAGAACGAUAGCUCGGUCACGAUCCUGGCACGAAAAGACAGGCAGAUCUCGGAGGCGCUCGAGCGCGCUAGGAAGGCAGAAGCCGAGGCCAAGGAGCUCGGUCGUGCGUCGCGCGAGUGGGGUACACGCAUCAGGGAGGUGGAGGAGGAACUGGGCAAGGAGAGGAUGAGGAGGAGUAGGGCAGAGCAGCAGUAUGAUGCGUUGGGCACCGAAUGGAAGACGGUGAGAACGAGCAUGGUGGACCAAGUUAGGGCGUUGAGGGAGGAACACAGUUUGGCGAUGCAACGCCUGAAGAACGAGGUCGACGACCUACGCACUUUCAAACAACGUCUACUCGUCACCACGUCCACUGCUGAUCCAGCCGAAUCACUCGCCCCCUGCAACCUCGUAGCCCAGAUCACAGACCUCAACUCCCAAAUGUGCGCUUACUUAGACGCACAACUGCAACCGCUCCGCUCGCAACUCGAUGCAUUCGAACAACGUGAAUCUCAUCACAUUACAGAUAAACUCCAGUACCUCACCGACGAACUCACCAGAAUCAAAACCCUCAUGCGCCGCGCCCCUCCCCCCUCCUAG